AUGGCGUCUCAGGGAGGAUGGAGUGACCAGGGAGGACAUCAGAGACCGGCGAAGUUAUCGGAUGCUUCGCUUGCAGAUAAACGCCUCAUCUACUACUGUUCUCAUGAUCCAAAGAAGCGCGCAAACGCUGCGACGUUGAUGUGUGCCUUCCAGGUCAUUGUCCUGGGCAAGACUGGCGAAGAGGCGUUUAAGCCUUUCGCCACUGUGUAUCCACCUUUCUUGCCCUACCGAGAUGCAACGUGCCAGAAACUUAGCGGACUCCGGGAGAUUCUGACAAUCGGGUCUUCCCUUGGAUGCAAAGCGAUGUCCUCAUCUGACAGAUUUAAAACGUUCUGCGUAUUCUGUUUGUGUGGAAUGACGGUUGAAGCGCAAAGUUCCUUCAAGUCUUUUGAGGCGGGAUUUGCACCUACGGUCUCACAGUGCUAG